AUGGCAACUCAAAGGGGGCGGCCAUGGGCGCGGAUUAUAUCCUUGACCGUCCUCGUUCUCGCUCUUGCGAUUACCGUUGAUGCUUCAACUGGCGACAGGUUGCCGGAAUUCAAGGACUGUCUCAAGAUCUGCAAUGCCGAGAAUUGCGCACCAAACAAACCGCAAACUCCUAUCCCUGUUUUACAUCGUCUCCUAUUAUGGAACUGCGCCAGCGAAUGCGACUAUGCCUGCCAGCAUAUAGUGACGGGUCAACGAAUGGCCACGGGUCUCUCGGUCGAACAAUUCUACGGCAAAUGGCCGUUCUACCGUUUCCUCGGCAUGCAGGAACCCUUUAGUGUCCUCUUUUCGCUGGGCAAUCUCUGGGCGCACUGGUACGGAUUGAAAACAAUGGACCAAGCCAGGAUACCAAAGUCAUACUCCAUGCGGAUAUUCUAUGAUUGGCUGGCCUAUAUUGGCAUUGCUUCUUGGACAUUCAGCUCCAUAUUUCAUACCCGAGACUUCCAUGUCACCGAGGAACUCGACUAUUUUGCUGCUGGCGCCAGUGUGUUGUACGGACUAUACUAUACUGUGGUGAGGGUCUUUAGGCUUGAUAAGCGUACGCCCCGAAGACGAACGACACUCCGACUCUGGUCGCUACUUUGUGCCUCCCUCUUUCUUGGUCAUGUCUCAUAUCUCAAGUUCGUCCGAUGGGAUUACACUUACAACAUGGCUGCGAAUGUGGCAGCCGGCAUUGUGCAACACGUGCUCUGGUCGUGGUUCAGUUUCAACAGAUAUAGAGAAUCAAGACGCAUAUGGGCCGCCUGGCCUGGUUUCGUCGUUGCUUGGAUCAUCUUUGCCAUGAGCAUGGAACUGUUCGACUUCCCGCCCUGGCUGGGUUGCAUUGACGCUCAUAGUCUUUGGCAUCUUAUGACGAUUGGGCCUACCAUUUUGUGGUACAAUUUCCUUGUUAAAGAUGCUCAGGACGACAUGGCUCGCAGUCAGAGACUCAAGCUUUAG